GGAUGCAAGGAGUAGAGCUGCCUGUGAAUAUUUCGGAGAUGUUAUUUCAUUUGACACCACCUACAAUACAAACACGUAUAAUCUGGUUUGUGAUUCUUUUGUCGGGGUGAAUCACCACGGUCAGUCAACAUUCUUGGAUGUGCUUUGAUGAAAAACAAAGAUAUUGAAUCAUUCAAAUGGUUAUUUCAAUGUCGGCUUCGUUGCAUGGGAGGAAAUGCUCCAAAAGGGAUUCUCACCGAUCAAUGUGCAUCGAUGCAAAGGGCUAUCGAGGCUUGUAUGCCCACAACAAUUCAUCGUUGGUGUAUUUGGCACAUCAUGAAGAAGAUUCCAAGCAAAUUAAACGGGGGACACACAGAAAUCGAACAAGAAAUGAGUCAAGUUGUUUGGAACUCUCAUACCAAAGAAUCAUUUGAUAGGAAUUGGGAUGAUUUUUUGCUGAAGUAUGGUCUUGUGAACAACAAGUGGCUUUCAGAUCUUUAUGAAGACCGUCAUAUAUGGGUUCCAAUUUAUCUGGAUCACCACUUCUGGGCCGGGAUGAGAAGCACACAAAGGAGUGAGAGCAUGCAUUCAUUUUUUAACAAGUUCAUUACCCAGAACAGCUCACUUAUCCAAUUUGUCAAACAAUACGAUAAUUGCCUUGGAAGCAGGGAGCAAACAGAGAGAUAAUCGGAUGCUGCAGAUUUUCACACGGUCAUACCGUGUGCAACAAAAUCCUCCAUAGAAGCUUAGUUUCAACAUGUGUACACUCACUAAAAGUUUAGGGAAGUCCAAGCACAAUUCAGAGGGAAGGUGAAUUGCAUCACAAGAUUAAUGAAUUCCGCUCUAGACUAUACAGUAUACGAAGUUGGAGAACAAGUUUCCAGCUCAAUAUUCAACAAGUUUGCGGUUACUUACGACUCAGUAGCAGCCCAAGUGAAAUGCCAGUGCUUAUUAUUCGAGUCAAGAGGGAUAUUGUGUCGUCACGCCCUAAGCAUGUUA